CUAACAAAGUAUUUAAGACGCGCUGCGCGCGUUGUGCUAAUCUUCGACUUGUCAAAAACUUAUUAAGGACCAUUUGACUCGUAGAGCUUGGCAUGUUUACCGAGAGAACUACGUCAUUUUUAAAGUUUCCGAACUUUACGACCCAGUGGAGGGGAAGGUGUAAAAUAUGGCCAUUUUAAAAAUCAAAAGAAAGAGAGCUCGUCGUGCGAUAAAUGUCGAGAAUUUAUUUGCAAAAAUCAAGCCCGCACGAAGACGUUACCUAUGCAUAAGUUAUGUUGAAUAGU